AUGUUCGGCUUUGUGGUCACGUUUGUGUCAUGUAUCGCCAUUGCUGGCGCGAGCCUAGGUCACGCUAGCACAGUAGCGAGUCGCCGGCAACCACUAGAGUUCGAUGCAGUCCUCACUAGCGAUGAGCCGACUCCGUCUAUCACUUUGACGCCUCAUGUGUACGCGGCGGUUUCUGUGCUUCCUGAGCACGGGGGCUUGGUGAGUGGUACCCUGCCUACAGCAGUACAACCCGACUUGGUGCCCGAGUCUUCAUUCAAUGGCAUUGCCUCAGCAGUGCCAGACGCUCAUCCGGUACAGGCGACGCGAACCGCAUUGGGGAUCACUCGCGAAGGGGAACAACAUGUUGGCAACAAACCGAGACAUGAACCCGAGCAAAAUCAUGUGCGCGUGCAAAUCAACAGCCCCGGCGCGAGCCUCUCACCGCGUGCUCCUCCCCCUUUCAGCACAGCUAGCUGGUAUACCUCUCCCGAGACAGAGCACAGCCACCAUCGGUUUCGCCCUGAGGUGCGACACCCUGGUUCAGACGUGAAAGCCGGCGACAACCCAUCUGUCCUAUCUCCCCGGGAGGCGGGCCAAGAACGUGCGAAGUCAACGGUCCCUCUAGCACCACCACUGCGGCAAUCCUGGCUCUUCUCUGCGACUCGUGGGAAACUUCACGAAGCAAUCGAGUUCAUGAAGAACACGGGGGGCACCGUACGGCUCCAGCCAUCGCCGUCCACCAAUUACGCAGGCUUCGCAUUCACUGAGCCAGCUGCUAGCCUGGUGUACGGAGCGGGUGCAGACGGUGGACAUGGCCAGUCUUACCCGGCUCCUCCCGGUGAAUCACACUCGCAGGGGGAUGAAGGCCGAGAUAUUCAUGGCCAGCAUGACAUGCUUACCCAGUUCUACGGAACGCCAAGCAGUGCCGUGGCCGGCCGGGACGUAUACGUCGACGAGAGUUUCGCCUCGUCCACAGAGUCUUUGUCACGACCUGCGUUGCCUCCCCAUCAAAGUGCGACCCUCUCGAUGACGCACCGCAAAGACACUACCACAACGCCAUGGACGGGAGCUAAUCUGGCAUUCCCGCUGGCAACAAAGGCUUACCAGUUCAUGGUACCGCGAGCCGAGCUGUUCCUCGCCUCGUCCAGAUACGCAGAGGAGUAUCUUGAUCUCUUUGCCGCCCUCUACUGCCUAUUUCAGAAGUGGUCUUGCAACAACGUGCACGAGUUUGCGGAGCAGACAAGGCGCCAUCACAACGUCACAACGGCGGGCGAUUCAGCGGGUGCAGAAGGAGGACGCAGUUCUUGA